ACUGUUAUUAUUAUUAUAUAACUUACAGACAUUAUAUAAAUUCUUGUAAAACUACAAUAAUACAUUAAAAAUGUCCUGACUAGAUAAAAUGAGUUCAAGUGAGAAUGAAUCUGAGACUGAGAUGAACGAGAUGGAGGAGACGGAGGAGAAGCUAGAGAAGCUGGAGCAGGAUGAGGAGGGAGAGGAAAUGCAAACUCUCACAGCGAACAAUACCUCUAAGACGUUCACAGACCUUGGUCUAAUAGAUGUCCUAGUUGAAGCAUGUACUGCAGUGGGUUGGAAGAAACCCAGCAGGAUUCAGGAGGAAGCUAUUCCAGUAGCUUUGCAGGGUCGGGAUGUUAUAGGACUGGCUGAAACCGGCUCUGGUAAAACUGGCGCUUUUGCGCUUCCAAUCCUUCAUGCUCUUCUAGAAAAUCCGCAGAAACUGUUUGCACUAAUCCUAACCCCCACAAGAGAACUGGCUUUUCAGAUAUCUGAGCAGUUUGAGGCACUAGGGGCAAGUAUCAAGGUUCAGUGUGCUGUUGUUGUCGGAGGGAUAGAUAUGGUGUCCCAGUCGAUUAUGCUGGCGAAAAAACCUCAUAUUGUGGUGGCUACUCCUGGUAGACUCGUGGAUCACCUGGAGAAUACAAAGGGGUUCAGUCUUAAGUCCCUCAAGUACCUAGUUAUGGAUGAGGCGGAUCGUAUUCUAAAUCUGGAUUUCGAGGUCGAGUUGACGAAAAUUCUUCGUUGUAUUCCGGCGGAGCGACGGACGAUGUUGUUCUCCGCUACGAUGACGAAGAAGGUUGCUAAGCUGCAGAGAGCAUCUCUAAAGGAUCCUGUCAAGGUUGAGGUCUCGAACAAAUUUCAAACUGUCGAGAAAUUACAACAAUAUUAUCUUUUCAUUCCGUUAAAGCACAAGGAGAUGUAUUUGGUCAAUAUACUGAAUGAGCUGGCCGGGAACUCUUUCAUGAUUUUCUCCUCCACCUGCAGCGGAACCAUUAAACUUGCACUUAUACUCAGAUGUCUAGGUUUCACCGCUAUUCCUCUGAACGGCCAAAUGUCCCAGAAUAAACGUCUAGCCAGCUUAAACAAAUUUAAGGCAAAGUCUCGUUCCAUCCUGAUAGCAACUGAUGUAGCCAGCCGAGGGUUGGAUAUCCCUCACGUGGAUAUUGUCAUUAACUUCGAUAUUCCGACACAUAGCAAGGAUUAUAUCCACAGGGUGGGAAGAACUGCACGAGCUGGCCGGGCUGGUCGGGCAGUUACAUUCGUCUCUCAAUACGAUGUAGAACUGUACCAGAGAAUCGAGAACUUACUAGGAAAGAAGUUGCCUCUGUAUCCUACGGAGGAGGCCGAGGUUCUCCUUCUCUCUGAGAGGGUUAUGGAGGCCAAUAGGAUGGCGAAGAUUGAACUUAAGGAGAUGGAGGAGAAGCGUAAGUCUGGAAAGAAGCGUAAGAAGACGGAUAUUGAUGACGCAGAAGAAAGUAUGGGUAUUGUCAACAGACUCGGGGGGAAGAAGAAGCAGCAAGGGAAGCCACAGAAGAAGAAGAACAGAAGAAGAAAAGUAGAAAAUAUAUAUUUUUUCCAGAUUUACAAAAUGUGGGAUGAGGUAGAAGUUGCGGAGAAGGAGAAUAGGCGUGAAUUGGUUUUGACUGGAAAACCAACCCAGAUUAGAAUUGAGAAGACGGGACUGGAUCUCAAUAUAUUUAAACUAGUGAACCUAAACUUCCUUGAUAUUUCUGAUGCUGGUCUGGCAGUGUUGCCUCCUGAAAUUGGAAAUCUUACAAGCCUUCUCAAUCUUGUUCUUAAAGGAAAUACGCUGAAAAAUUUGCCCGAAAAUCUGGGAAAGUUGGUAAAGUUAAAACUUCUAGAUGUUUCAAAGAACGAGCUAACAAGUCUACCAAAUAUAUCCGGUUUGGAACAGCUGUCAACCCUGAACUUAUCUCUGAACAAACUCCAGAAGUUUCCGGAUAUCGGACUAGAGAAGUGCACAAAGCUGUCAAGUAUUGACCUCAGUGUAAACGAGUUGACCGAUAUAUCCCAGUUGGAGAACACUUCGCUAGAACACCUAGCGGAGCUAAACCUAAGCCGGAAUGAGAUCUCCGGUUUGACCGGCGCAAUCCUAACAACAUGGCCGGCAAUGAAGAAACUUGACCUGGGAGAUAAUAAGCUCAAAGCAGUUCCACAGCAGCUUGGUGAGCUGGCGAAGUUGAAGGAGCUGUGCCUCCUGAACAACCCCCUGGCAGACAACAGGUUGAAGAAGAUGGCUGCUCAGAAGACGACCAAGUCUGUUCUUGAAUAUAUUCGGCAGAAUGGGGACAAGGGUGGAGAGGAGGCUGGAGCCAAGGAGGGCAAAGGAAAGAAGGGUAAGAAGAGUAAAGGAGGAGGAGGUGGAGGUGGAGGUGGUGGAGGAGGGGGAGGAGAGAAGGUGGAGGUUGAAGAACUCUGUGAGAAGAUGACCGUCCUGAACGUAGCGGAGUCCAAUCCAGAAGUUAGCACACAAAUACCAGUUCGUGACGUGAGACCUUUCAUUGUAAUCUGCUUUGUGAAGAAUAUUAACCUUACAGGAGAUAACCUUAGAAAGUUCUUAAACCUACAAACUAAGCUUCACAAGGAUGUUUGUGGGAAUCGAACCCUGGCAACAAUAGCAACCCAUGAUCUAUCAGCAGUGAAAGGUCCUCUAAAGUAUACAGCUCUGGAGCCUACUUCCUUCAAGGUUGAACCUCUCUCCGGGGGAAAACCUAUCAGGGCAUCUAAGUUGGUUGACAAACUGAAGGCGGAAGCAGAUGCUUUCCGGAAGGAGAAGAAACGAAGCAAUAUAUCCGGUGUUCAUCAGUAUCUGCCAAUGCUAGACCGGUAUCCACUUUAUCCUUGUCUUGUUGAUGCAGAGGACAGGGUUAUAUCAUUUCCCCCUGUCACUAAUAGUGGAGUUACCAGGAUAUCUACUGAAACUAAAUAUCAUAUUCUAGGAUAUCUACUGAAACUAAAUAUCAUAUUCUAGGAUAUCUGCUGAAAC